AUGCCGACAUCUGCUGUCUGUUGUAAGGAGGAACCACAAGACGUUUCGGAGGGCGGAGAUACAUGUUCAUCAGUGAAUACCACAGCAGCUGGUCAUCCACUGGACACCGACUCUACCGGGAGUACCUCUCUCUUCGAUAUUAUACCAGUUAACACUGCAUGGAUCAGCAUUUUUGGAGGGCAGUCUGCUGCUCGACUUAGCAACGAACCGGCUUCCAGUAACCAACAUACGAAAUUUAUGAAAUUUCGUCAAGAGUCUGCACCGGCAGGCUCAACGACACCUCCUAGGGAAACGGAGCCAUUUGAAGAUAAUACUUCUGUAGCGGAUGCUGUGCCCUCCGACCGAAAUGCACGCUGUGAUGAACGGGAUGCUCCCUCCGAUCAAGGUGCACGAUGUGAUGUACGGGAUGCUGUGCCGGCCCCUCGAAAUGCCAAUUGGGAGUGGCACAAGCGUGGAAAGCAAAGUACAACCCCAGAGACUUGUUCUUCUGAAGAACGAAAUGUGGCGAAAAAGGCACCAGUCCGAGAAGUAGAAGCUGGUGCGAAGCAGGUCUCUCGAGAAAGUGGUACUGAUCGUCUUACCAACCCUUUCAAGUAUUUUUUCAAAACGCCGGAUCCACUGGAAGGGCUACGACGGCGUCCGAGGGAUGGCGAUGACUACCCGACCCCAUCCCAAUGUCGAAACGAUGGUCCGUCAAAGCCAACUCACAGAGUUCGAGUGCUCGUCGAGCAUAGAGAACUUCUCAGUGAACAUGCUGACAACAACAGGAGUUCGGCUACGUCAAAUUCGGCUGUUACCGAAGACAGUGAACGAAGAACCAGAAUCGUGCCCAAUAACGACUCGUCAGACCGUGCGUCUUACACUAUUCUCAAGGAGGAAGUGGGAAAUGCCGAACAGGCGCCCAAUAGGAACGCUGCCCAUGGUGCGCCUUGUACUGUUAUCAAGGAGGAACAGGACAGUGCAGCGCGCGGUGCGUCUGUCAGUAUUGUCAAGGAGGAAGAGGAAGAAGGGACAACUGGAAAAGCUAAUGAAAAGCGAGCACUAACUGCUUCUGACGGUAAUCCUGAGCAGGAGCCGAGCAACAUAGAAAAAGCUCUCACUAGCAUCGAAAAAGCUCUCAGUAGGAGGUCAGCAGACGCUGCAUCCGUGCAACCGGACGCCACUUGCGCGGUUCUCAACGAUGAACUGACAAGUCAUGAACAGGAUUCCGCCCAACAUGUAACACCAUUGAAUCUAACUGCUGAGGAAUACCAGAGCUCUGCGGCGAGCUCAAGUAGCAGUUCUCAUACUGCUACUGUUGAAAUUGUGAAUGAGCAACCGCUAGAGAUUCCAUUGGGGCCGAAUCGCACUCAGUCGCAACGAUCACCUGGGCCCAGUACUGAAACUAGUAGGCAGGAAAGGAAUAGAAAGGACGUUGAUGAAAGAGGAAACGAUCCUUCCACCAGAGACAGUCAGGAGCGUGUCGAAAGUUUAGUGAAGAAGCUAUCAGAUCGUGGAACACUAAAGACGAAGAAACAGCCAAUUACUGCAGACGAAGCUGCUGUAUUGAAGAAUAUAGAUGUACUUGUCAAAAGAGAACCCGUGGAAGCUACCGAAGGUACUGCAUUCAACGAGCCUGCUGUAUCAGCUCCCCAGCAGCCGUCAGGGUCCGGGAGUUCAGCAUGUGGUCUGACCAUGACAUGCAGUGUAGCUCGCCCUCAGGGAACAGUGACGCCUCAUACGAAUGCGACUGCAGCCUGUGCAACUGGACAACCAACAGGGUCUGAUAAUUCCGUGAAUAGAGAGGAAGGACAUAAUGACGACGAUGAGCCUAUUGUCCUGUUCGAGAAACAGCCCAAAAAAAGAAGGGGAACUGCUAAGAACACCAGUUUUGGAACAACGACGCAACCACGUGUCAUUAAGACAGAAGAAGUGGACACGGAUGCUAUGCAUGAUGUCGCGAGUUCUUCUAUGGGAAACCAGAGCUUCGGAACUACUUCCAGUACGACAACACACAGGGAAACGAGCGCUCAAAAUGAAUCGAUGGAGCGAGCAAACAGUACGGUUUUGAGAGAGGAAAAUCUGACAGUGCAGGCGAACGCUGCGGCGAAUAGCCGUAGCUCUGAGGCUACUUCUAAUGCAACAGCAGAAGCACAUCACAGAUCGACAAUGGACGCGAUUAUGAGAAUACUGAAUAUGGCAACGGCUGCCGGUGCGCAGGAGCGUCCACAAGGACAACUCAGACAUGGUGCACAGUUUUCUGGCACCACCCGUACACAACAGCCCAUAAAUGCAGGUGGAGGAUCGGGAACGCAGGGUGGCGCUGCCCGAAAGCGCUCACAAAGACAACGUGGGUCAACUAGCAGUCACGCAUCAAAUGACGAUGAUGUACAAUUUCUUGGCGUUACUCCUGCACGACAAUCUACAAAUGCCGGUGGAAGAGGAAGGCAGAGCACAGUCCGUAACACAUCAGCGAAGAGAAGUGAUACUGCACCACAAAGAGCAGUACGUGCUCAAAGUAGAUCGGGAAAGCAACCAAAUCAGGCAGUUCGGGAGGUAUAG